AUGGCCUCGUUUCGCAGCUUGCGGUCUCAGUAUGCAUCAGUUUUGAAAAGAUUUACCGCAUCAACCCGGGACUUUGAAGUCCUUGCAACCAUCCCCGCCAAUGAGGCCCCCGCACCAAAGGUCCUAUAUGUGCUAGACUCAUCAUUCAACCCACCAACUCGCGCACAUCUCCGCAUUGCCAGCUCCGCACUCCUAGAACGACUUGAGCCUAGCUCCAGGUUGUUGCUAUUGCUCGCCACCCAAAAUGCAGACAAGCCCUCAAAACCAGCGCUGUUCGAGGACCGACUCGCCAUGAUGGAGUUAUUCGCUCAUGAUCUACGCUCCUAUCUGGCUACCAGCACAGCAGCUCCGGGUUACGCUCCAUCUCUAGACCAUAUUCCUGCCAUUGACAUUGGAGUCACUAAGAAUCCCUACUUCAUUGACAAAGCCUCGGCGAUCGAGGCCUCGGGAAUGUAUCCCACUCCGCUUGAACAGGUCCAUCUCACGGGCUAUGAUACACUGAUCCGUAUCUUUAACCCGAAAUAUUACCCGCCAGAACAUACAUUGGCGCCGCUGGCGCCGCUUUUUUCUCAACAUCGAUUGCGGGUGACGUUGAGACCUAGUGAUGAGUGGGGGAGUAUAGAUGACCAGGAAGCUUUCCUGGCCGCUCUUGCUCGCGGGGACCGGGAGAGCGAGGGUGGGAUGAAAGAAUGGGCGCAAAGAAUUACGCUGGUUGAAGGGAGGAAAACGGGGCAAAAGUCGGUUAGCUCGACGAGAGCUCGCGAAGCGAUUGAAUCUGAAAGUCAGGACUUGGAGUGGCUUGUGCCGGACAAUGUGCGCCAAUUCUUACUAUUUGAGAAACCAUAUUCACCGGAGAGCUCUCUGUAG